AGCUUUGUCAUGACAGUGACACUCACUGAUUGCUAACUCCAGCAUCGCAUCCAAAAACCCUAAUUUGAGUCGCACUGUACUGUAAUAAGCAGUACAGCUCCUGGACAAAAUCUUCCUAAGUCAGCAACUGCAGACGCAGGAUAUCCCCAAGCAAAAAUGAGCCACGGCUUAAACCACUACGAAACCCUCUCUUCGUCAUCCAUUUUCAACAAGAAGUCACUCUCCCGUAGCCUAGCUUCUCUCUCGAAACGGAGCAGUUUUGGCUUGUUUUCAUCCAAGAAUCAGAAAUUUUCUUCUCUCAACCUCCAGCCAUGGUCGCCGCGGCUCACCCGCCACUCGAAGCGGUCCCACCGAGUCAGCUCUGCCCGCUGCAGCUCGGAAAUGACGACCAAGGCGAUAACGCAACCGCCAAAAGUGGGCAAACGCACUGACUUGAAGAAAAUUUUGAUUCUUGGGGCGGGGCCUAUUGUGAUUGGUCAGGCUUGCGAGUUCGAUUACUCGGGGACUCAGGCUUGCAAAGCUUUGAAAGAUGAAGGAUACGAUGUCGUUUUGAUUAAUUCGAACCCUGCCACUAUCAUGACCGACCCGGAGUUGGCGGACAGGACUUACAUUGCGCCAAUGACGCCGGAAUUAGUGGAGCAAGUCAUCGAGAAGGAGAGGCCCGACGCUCUUUUGCCGACGAUGGGUGGCCAGACAGCCUUGAAUCUGGCGGUGGCUUUGGCGGAACGCGGUGCUCUAAAGAAGUACAAUGUGGAGUUAAUUGGGGCUAAACUUGAAGCUAUCAAAAAAGCUGAGGAUAGAGAGCUGUUCAAGCAAGCAAUGAAGAGUAUUGGUCUCAAAACGCCGCCUUCUGGGGUUGGGAACACGCUCGAUGAGUGUAUUGAGAUUGCUCGCGAAAUUGGAGAGUUUCCGUUGAUUAUUAGACCGGCGUUUACUUUGGGCGGGACUGGAGGUGGCAUUGCUUAUAAUAAGGAGGAGUUUGAGUCUAUUUGCAAGGCGGGGUUGGCUGCGAGUUUAACUUCACAGGUGUUGGUGGAGAAGUCAUUGUUGGGAUGGAAAGAGUAUGAAUUGGAAGUAAUGCGUGAUUUGGCGGAUAAUGUUGUGAUCAUUUGCUCGAUUGAAAAUAUUGAUCCAAUGGGAGUGCACACUGGGGAUUCGAUAACUGUGGCUCCAGCCCAGACAUUGACUGAUAAGGAGUACCAGAGGUUGAGAGAUUAUUCAAUUAAGAUUAUAAGAGAGAUUGGAGUAGAAUGUGGAGGGUCCAAUGUGCAGUUUGCUGUUAAUCCUUUGGAUGGUGAGGUUAUGGUGAUUGAGAUGAAUCCUAGGGUGUCGAGGUCUUCGGCUUUGGCUUCCAAGGCUACGGGCUUCCCUAUAGCAAAAAUGGCUGCUAAGUUGUCAAUUGGGUAUUCACUGGACCAGAUUCCUAAUGAUAUUACAAAGAAGACUCCAGCUAGUUUCGAACCUUCUAUAGAUUAUGUGGUGACCAAGAUCCCUCGGUUUGCAUUUGAGAAAUUCCCUGGUUCUCAGCCUGUUCUGACAACCCAGAUGAAAUCUGUUGGUGAAGCAAUGGCAAUAGGCCGAACAUUACAAGAGUCCUUACAGAAAGCAGUUCGGUCACUGGAGUGUGGCUACUCAGGAUGGGGUUGUGCAUCACUUAAGGAACUUGACUGGGACUGGGACCAGUUGAAGUACAGCCUUCGAGUUCCAAACCCAGAUCGCAUUCAUGCUGUUUAUGCUGCAAUGAAGAAGGGGAUGAAAGUUGAUGAUAUUCAUGAACUAAGUUUAAUUGACAAAUGGUUCCUCACUCAGCUUAAAGAGUUGGUGGAUGUGGAACAAUAUCUUAUGACUCGGAGCUUGUCUGAUUUGACCAAGGAUGACUUUUAUGAAGUUAAAAAGCGUGGUUUCAGUGAUAAGCAGAUAGCAUUUGCUACUAAAUCAACAGAGAAGGACGUUCGGUCAAAACGGAUAUCUUUUGGAGUUGUUCCAGCAUAUAAGCGGGUAGACACCUGUGCUGCUGAGUUUGAGGCCAAUACUCCUUAUAUGUACUCCUCCUAUGAUAUGGAGUGUGAAUCAGCUCCCACCAAAACAAAGAAGGUUUUGAUUUUAGGUGGAGGACCCAAUCGAAUUGGGCAGGGGAUUGAGUUUGAUUACUGUUGUUGCCACACCUCUUUUGCUCUCCAGAGUGCAGGAUACGAAACGAUUAUGAUGAAUUCAAAUCCUGAAACAGUAUCCACUGAUUAUGAUACAAGUGACCGUCUCUACUUUGAACCCUUGACAGUUGAAGAUGUUCUGAAUGUAAUUGAUCUGGAAAAGCCUGAUGGCAUUAUUAUACAGUUUGGAGGUCAAACACCCCUGAAGCUGGCUCUACCCAUCCAGCAGUACUUAGAAGAGCAUAAGCCUAUUUCUGCCAGUGGGGCUGGUAGUGUGGGCAUCUGGGGCACAUCACCAGAUUCCAUUGAUAUUGCCGAGGACAGAGAGAAGUUUAAUGCAAUUAUUAAAGAAUUGAAGGUUAAGCAGCCAAAAGGAGGCAUUGCUAAGAGUGAAGCUGAUGCACUUGCCAUUGCAGCAGACAUAGGUUACCCUGUUGUUGUUCGUCCUUCUUAUGUGUUGGGCGGGCGGGCCAUGGAGAUUGUAUAUAGUGAUGACAAGCUAGUGACAUAUCUUGAAAAUGCUGUUGAGGUGGACCCAGAACGGCCUGUAUUAAUUGAUAAAUAUUUAUCUGAUGCUGUCGAGAUUGAUAUAGAUGCACUUGCAGAUUCAUAUGGUAAUGUGAUUAUUGGUGGCAUAAUGGAGCAUAUUGAGCAGGCUGGUGUACAUUCUGGUGACUCAGCUUGCAUUCUUCCCACACAAACUGUUUCAUCUUCUUGCUUGGCCACAAUUAGGUCAUGGACUACAAAAUUGGCAAAGAGUCUUAACGUUUGUGGUCUCAUGAACUGCCAGUAUGCUAUCACAGCAUCUGGGGAGGUUUUUCUGCUUGAGGCAAAUCCUCGUGCUUCUCGAACUGUGCCAUUUGUUUCCAAGGCAAUUGGCCAUCCCUUGGCUAAAUAUGCUGCUCUUGUUAUGUCCGGAAUGUCACUCAAUGAAGUAGGCUUCCCAAAGGAGGUGAUCCCAACACAUGUGGCUGUGAAGGAAGUAGUUAUUCCGUUUGGGAGAUUUCCAGGCUGUGAUGUGUUGCUAGGGCCUGAAAUGAGGAGCACUGGUGAGGGAAUGGGUAUUGAUUUUGUGUUUGCUAUGGCGUUUGCAAAAUCUCAACUUGCAACUGGGCAGAACCUACCACUUUCUGGCACUGUGUUCAUCAGCUUGAAUGACUUGACAAAACCCCAUCUUGAAAAGCUUGCAAAGGCCUUUUUAGGACUUGGGUUCAGGAUUAUUUCAACUUCGGGAACAGCUCAUUUUCUUGAGUUGAAAGGUAUCCCUGUAGAUCGAGUGCUGAAGAUGCAUGAGGGGCGCCCACAUGCUGGUGAUAUACUUGCCAAUGGGCAAAUUCAGUUGAUGGUGAUCACAAGCUCAGGUGAUGCACUUGAUCAGAUUGAUGGCCGACAACUGAGGAGGAUGGCUCUUGCCUAUAGUGUUCCUAUAAUAACAACUGUUGCUGGUGCUUUGGCAACUGCAGAGGCAAUAAAGACCUUGAAAUCCAGCAAUAUGAAUAUGAUAGCCCUUCAGGACUUCUUUAAUGCCAAGGUACAUGAAGACAGUAAUAAAAACUUGCAGUCAGCCUCAUCUUCUCUAUGAUUUAGGUAGCAUUUCUGGCCAAGCUUGUGUUUGUUAUUUUUAUUAUGAUAUUUUUUUUUUUGGAAUUUAAAUCCAAGUUAUGUUUGGUAUUGUCGUUCGAGAUGGACUCGCUAUUAAUUAAUAAGCUUUAUCAAAAUUUUCUGUGUCAUCUAUCUUUAUUUUGAGUUGAUAGAUAGUGAACAUUGGAGCAAUUAUAUGUGUGAAAUAUUUAAGCUCUGAUAGUGCUGUAUUUAUUUUUGCUUUUCUUUA